CGAGAGCGAGAGGCUAGCCCGUAUCCCGGCUGCCCAGACAUGGCGCUUGCCCUGGCUUCACCAAUGGCGUCCCUCUCGCUCUACACCGGGAGGAUCUCGGCGGUGGCUAUAGGCGGCGGUCUCCGCCCCAAGUCGGCCCCGAUGGCUGCCUCCGCCCGCCCGUUUCUCCAGAGCUCAUUCGUCUCGUCCUCCGCCUCCGCCUACCCUGCUUCGUUCUCGGCUGCGGUAUCGUCGUCGCUGGCCUUCGCGUCUGCCUCCUCGUUCGCCGGUUCAUCUUUCGGAAUUGAGUUCAGCUACCACAGAUUGACAACACGAAGACCUCGUGGUCUGCAGAUUAGGGCCGGAAAGGCUGCUCUCUGCCUGACCAAGAGGUCAAGAUCUCGGAAGUCACUUGCCCGUGUACAUGGUUUCCGCAGGCGGAUGCGGACUACUUCUGGAAGAAGGGUCCUGAAGCGUAGACGUGCCAAAGGAAGAAAGAUUCUCUGCACAAAGACGAACUCACCCACAGGGACGAAGUUUUAAUUGCUUUGCAAUUUGAGGCGUUUUGUAUUCCAGCGGUAAGUUUUACUUUGUUGCAUCCCAUGCUCUCAGCCAUGUUCUUCUGAAACGAUUGCUGUACAUCCUUUUCCAUGUUUUUUGUGGUUAAUACUUGAUAUCUGAAUCAAAUUCUCAACGGUCUUUAAUAUGAUGUUGUUUUGUGAGAUCA